GAAUAGGGUUUGAGGGCUUGCUCUUCGUUGUUUGUGCUCGGUGGAGGAAGGCGCGCAUGGCAUGGGACCUAGCGCUGUGGAUUCUCUCGUUUCUUGCGGUCGCAGCGGCGCUGGGGAUCAUCGUCUACCAGCUGCUAUGUCUCUCCGAUCUCGAAUUCGAUUUUAUAAAUCCCUUUGAUUCUUCAUCGCGUAUCAACCGGUUUGUUCUUCCUGAAUUUGCUAUCCAGGGAGUGCUGAGCGCGAUCUACCUUAUUUUCGGCUACUGGCUCAUGUUCUUGCUAAACGCCCCGCUCUUAUAUUAUAACAUAAGAUUAUACAUGAGCAAGAGGCACCUUGUAGAUGUCACGGAGAUCUUCAAUCAGCUUGAACCCGAGAAGAAGAUACGCUUCUACAAGCUCGGCUUUUACCUUUCUUUGUUGUGCAUCGUCAUAUACAGGCUGGUGGUUUCCUCGAUGGAGGUCAUUCUCGAGUCGGGCAUUGCAUCCAUGGCGGAGAUUUAAUUGUGAGAAUUCAGUUGUUCCACUCUUUAGUGCUGAACAAAUUUUCGUCCACGCAGGAUUUUAGUUUCUCAAA